AUUAGUCUGUGGAUGCCCUUCUAGGUAUUUUUCUUUACAUUCUAGCCUGAAUAUUACGUAAGAUUUUAUUGCAAAAGUUAGAAGUUAGAAGUUCACCACUAUGGGCAAACACUUUGGAGAACUAGCUAAAAUUCGGGGUCUUGUCACCUACAAGAUAUCUGCCCAUGAACAACGAGCAUAUGCUGGAGCUAUUUCAAAUGGUAUUCCUAAUAUCUUCAGAAGAUUUCGUGAGAGCGUUUUUAAAGUAGUCCCGCCCUUCAUCAUUGGAUACUUGAUAUAUGAAGGAGUUGAAAGGGAGCAUCACAGACUAUCACGGAAGAACCCUGCUGAUUUUGAAAAUGAUCAAUAAACAUAGUUUGCAAAUUAAAAUUGUUUAAUGUAGAAAUUAAUUUAAAUUAAAUUAAAUCUAAAAUGUAAUUUCA